GUCCGUGCUUGCUAUGAACGUAUUCCAACAAUGAGUUGCAAUUAUAGCUUCGACACCGAGGAAGAUUCUUCACGCGUGCCCCAGGCUCCAGGUACCCUUCAACAUCUCGCGACAGAAGAGGAAGCUGAGAAGGCAGAAAACUGUGCUAAAAUCCUAACGGAAACUUUCGGUCAUGCAGAGUACAAGGGGAAGCAAAAGGAAAUUAUCCAAGCUGCUACUUCUGGAUUGGAUGUCUUUGUAUUAGCACCGACGGGAAUGGGCAAGAGCCUGUGCUUUCAGAUUCCAGCAGCCGCAGAUAAGUUUGGCAUCUCCAUCAUAGUUUCGCCACUAUUGGCCCUGAUGAAAAACCAAGUAUCGAGUUUGCGCCGCAAAGGACUCCCCGCGGUCUCUUGGACAUCAGACACACCGAAGGGUGAACGAGAUCAAAUCAUUGAAGACCUCGAAUCAGGGAGCCCACAAACUCGUCUUCUAUAUACGACACCUGAAAGGCUAUGCACGCGUGAAAUGAUGCGUCUUCUUGAAAUUGUUUAUGCGAAGGGCGAACUCAACAGACUGGUUGUGGACGAGGCUCACUGCAUCUCUGAGUGGGGCCAUGACUUCCGUGAGGAAUAUCGCAAGCUAGGCUCUUUCCGGGAACGAUUUCAUGGGGUGCCCAUUAUGGCCCUCACAGCAACAGCUACCCCGAGUGUUCAAACAGACAUUAUACGCAGCCUCAAGAUGUCCGGAGAAAGAUUGUUUACCGCUUCGCACCCCUUCAAUCGUGCCAACUUAUUCUAUGACAUCAAAUACACCGCGGCGCUCGACUCCCUAUCUCGUAUGUCAGCCGUAUAUGAUUUCGUAAUGACCCUACACCGUCGCCGGGCCCGACCGAGCUCCGGGAUCAUUUAUUGUCGUACCCGCUUAGCGUGCGAUGAACUAUCGGCCUUUCUAAGGGGAAAGGGCAUCAGUGCCAGGCCAUAUCACCGCGGAAUUAGCUCUCAUAUGCUUGAUAAGACGUUAAGCGAAUGGGAAGCAGGUGGAAACGGUGAUGGCGGUGUGGAUGUGGUCUGCGCAACCAUUGCUUUCGGAAUGGGGAUCGAUAAAAGCGAUGUUCGUUAUAUUAUCCACUACGACCUUCCGAAGAGCUUCGAAGGAUAUUAUCAAGAAACAGGACGAGCGGGCCGCGAUGGCUCCCCAUCUAAAUGUGUGCUCUAUUACUCUCGUGAAGACGCCUUUCGCCUCCGCAGGCUGGUGUCUGAUAGCCAUGCUAAGAGACAGCAAGCUGCAAACACCAUGUACGGUCCCCAACCCAGUCAAAGAUCCAUUGAUAGUUUCAGUGCAUUGAUUGACUACGCGGAAAACGCGACGAUAUGUCGACACGUGUCCAUCUGCAAGUAUUUCGGUGAACAAAUCGAUACGAGCGACAAGGAGGUCGUCAAGAGCUAUUGUGAUAAUAUGUGUGAUGUGUGCAAAUACCCUGAUAAAACCCUGCGCAGAAAACAGAAUCUCUCCUCAGAGGACCGCGUUGCCACACUGUCGCACUCGCGUUCCUUCAAUGCGAAUGUAUUCGAAGACGACGUUGAGGGUUCAUGUCCGCCACCUCAAAGGCCUCCUUCCGGUCAGUCCAAUCCUGGGCAGGCGGGAGGUGGUGAGCUGAGAAGGCCCAACGCCCGUCCUGCAGGUCCGCCUGCCAAGAAGGCAAAGCUAGCGGCACUGCCACCUGCAUUAAUCACAAAACCUUAUAGUUCUCUCGGUACCUUGAAAAAGCCAUUCAAAACACCGUUCAAGGUGCCGUUCAAGCAGUCUCCACAAGAAGCACGUGUUGUAGAAUCUUCGGAUUUUCAGCAAACAACUCAAACAUGUGAAGAAAGAAACCAUGACAAUGACGAGAUUGACGUCGUCAAGGUUUGCUUCAAUUCUACUCGGCAAGUUCCACGAGACGAGCUGCUGCAAGACCAUGUCCUGAAAGAGGAGCUUAUGGACUUUGGUCAAAGUGGCGGUGAUGUCUCCCUUGACGAUGAACCUCAGAUACAUUUGCCCGAGAUUGAUAUCGAACUGGAAGCGAUGAUCUCCAAGAAAAUACCCGACGCAACAAGGAAAGAAGUCUUCCGCACCAUUAGACAAGCUUUACACGGAGCUCUGCGCUGGGACGAUAGCGAUGAAGGAUUGUGGGUUAAUUUGAGCGAUGCUCCAUCCAACACCGAAGCAAGACACCUACUCCUGGCAGAAGCCGCUAAAGAGAUAGAGUACUCUGUGCACACAAUGUCCGCCACUGAGUCUGGCUACAACCAAAGAGCAAGAGCGAAAUUGCAUGUGGUCAAGCUCAUGGAGCGUAGAGAAAGUCUUUGGCCGAUCGACGCAGCUCAUUAUGAUGAGGAUGAAGAGGAAGCGAUCGAGAUGAUAGGAUUGUUGAGGAACAUCUGCAGUCGCUGGAGAAAGAUUGGUAAAAGAAAGGCCCCAUAAUCUUUGUCUCUCGCCUAUGUGGAUGUGGAGAACAUGCGAUAUAAAAUUUAUCAGACAGUGCGAUGAUUCAUAAUGAUAAAAACGAGAUCGUACCAUGCCUGUAGUAUUCUCAAUCCAACAAGUAAGCUUGGUAUAGGGUCAGACUUCACGCGUUCAUCUCUUGAUUCUCCUCCAGCAUUAGUAUUUCCCUCAGACUUUAGCGCGUUAGCAAUCAUGUCAAGGAGCUCC